AUGAAGAUAGUUGAGAUCCUUGGAAUGGAUCCUAUGAAGAUGGUUGGUAUCCUUGCAAUGGCUUUGAUUUGUGUUUAUGAAGUUGCCACAUUUUACUUAAUGUUUAAUAGAGAAAAAUUUGGUCAAUAUCAUCUUUUAGUUUGUGGUGCUAACUCUUGUAUGAAUUGGGGAUCGUGUGAUAGUGAGGUAGCAUUUUUUAAGCACCUUGGUGUAAAGAGAAACGAGGUAACAAAAUAUGGUAUGUUUUCAGUAUGCAAAAUGAAGUGUAUGGGAUGCUGUGUAAAUUCUCCUAUGAUUGUUAUUGUUGAUUACACAAAGGGCUCGGAAGGAUUUUCUUACAACUACUAUGAGGAAGUAACACCAAAGCAUGUUUGUGAGAUUGCUAAGAUGGUGAAGCAUGGUGAAACUGGACUAGUUGGGACACAAAAUCUAAAUCAUAUUAAGUCAGAUCUAGCUGGUGGCAAUACCAUUCUACUUGUUGAACCAAACCCUCCAUCUAGUCAUGACUUGGAUGCUUAA